CGCCAGUCUGUCCGAGGAUCAAGUAACGGAAAGAUCGGCUCCUCUGGUCCAGCGGAGUUCGCGUCCGCGUCUCGCGUCCUUUUCCUUCUAAUGCAUGAUCCUCGCGAUCUAUCUGUGGAUUGGAUCGCGUUACGCGGCCACCACGUGACGAAGGAAUCACCACAUGACUCCAGAAAGUGUGAAGUGCGUGAAGAGAGUGUUCUCGGUCCAGUGUCGUCGCGUGUGUCAUUCCGAGGCAAAUUCCGGCCGAAUCGAAGGGACUGCGUGCAUUCGUACGAUUUACAUUAUCUAUCGUUGCUCGUUAAAAACAAGGGACGCGAUCUGUUACCACUAAAUAAAUGCCUCUGAACUGGUCUAAUACGGCGUAAGAGGGACGUGAACCAGGUGAUCGCAGGGGUGAACAGUGCAUGUAGACGCAAGUUGUCUGAACGAGGCAGUCUGUUGGUUAGGACGCAAUGGAACGACACGUCGUUUGACAGUGAUUCGGUGUGAAAUUUUCGUCAACCGUUAGUGAUCGAUCGAAGUUCGUGUCUUUGGAUGGUGGUUCACUGAAGCUGCUCGGAUUAUGAAAUGUCCAUAUUAGAUAGUGAUCUUCUAGAACAAUAACGUUUUAUUCUAUACCAAGUUAUAGCCAAAUGCUUUUUGCACAAUUCCGUGAAAGACAAAUAUAUACGAGAAACAGAGAGGGGAUGUCCGCGUAAAAGCGGAAGAAGAAAAUUUGAGAAGCUGCAGUCCGUCCAAAGGAAAGGAAAGAGAAAGAGAAUAGAGAAGAGCAGUAAAACGGUGGACGUAAUUCGACGGCAUCCGGUGCCUUGCUUCCUCUAUUCGCUCUGGCGAGCUAGGUCAUAAGAAUGAAGCGAACCGGUAAACAUCGGAGCCGUGGCUUUCUCUUGGGCAUCAUUAGGGCGAGCGCUUUUUAUUUGUACCGCCAUAUCAAGCAUGCUAUCAAGAACGAGAUCGUCUUUUUGUAACUCUCACGAUAUUUUUAAAAUGAUCUGGGCCAUUGCUCUGAAACGACGAACUACCCUUCUCGAAGUUUAAUCCAGUUGUGUUGUCGUGUCGACGCAAUUAGGACACCAUUUUCGAGAUACCAUCGAAAAAAUCGUGUCAGGCAUAAUAGACGAAAAAAAAGUGUGCUGCGCGAACUCGCCGUAUUUACCUUUCAUAACGCUGACUCGGGGAUGUCUUUGGUCGUGUGUUGACUGCUCAUGAAAGGUCGUCAGCAGGUUUUCCCAGAAGGAUAGACAAACAACGUUGAACGUGAAAAGAGACUCGGUUUGAAUUGACAAACUCGUUCAUCUUCCAGUGAUAAUAACAUCUAAUGGUAACUCUGAAAGCCUAAGAAUGAGAUGAAUGUACUUCGAGGAGCAAUUAAACGUCGUAAAGAAUAAACGAACCCUUUGGGUUGUACGUUUCGAACAUUGUGGAAUUCGUUUCGACGCCGAUCGCCUACUGAUGCAUCCUGGACGCGCACCUGGUCCUCGUGGCGACGAGGUGGGCACGAUCGCGCGCGUUCCAGCCUCCGGGGGCGGGUAGAAGUUCUAGGGGGAAAUGAAAUCGUUGGUCGAGCUCGAGUGAUCGCGAAAGGGAGCAGGCGUGGAGACGGGGUUUCAAGGGCGCGAACGAAGAUGACGUCGUCGAUCCUGGCGCUGCUCGGCCUAAUCCUGGCGACCGCCAGCGCCGAGCUCAGCUCGAGGAUCGUCAGGACAAAGUAUGGGGAACUAUCGGGCGUUAUCGUGACCCUCGAUCGGCACCUCGAGGGCGUCGAGGUGUACCGUGGCGUUCCGUACGCGUCGCCGCCGAUCGGCUCGUUGCGUUUUAUGCCCCCUGUCAGCAGUGCGCUUUGGCACGGCGUUAAGGUGGCCGAUAAAUUCGGGCCUGUUUGCCCGCAACGGCUGCCCGAGCUUACCGACAAAAUGCCGAAAGGUAGAGUCGAGUACUUGAGGAGGCUGCUGCCCUACCUAAAGAACCAGAGCGAGGAUUGCCUGUACCUAAACAUUUACGCACCGGUUCAAGCUGGCGCGAGGGACGGAGGAGGAAGAAGAUACCCGGUGAUCGUGUUCGUGCACGGCGAGAGCUAUGAAUGGAGCAGCGGCAACCCCUACGAUGGCAGCGUGCUGGCGAGCUACGGGGGUGUCGUCGUCGUCACCAUAAAUUACAGACUCGGUAUUUUAGGCUUUCUAAACGCCAACACGGAUUCGCACUUACGCUCGCCGGCGAAUUACGGCUUGAUGGAUCAGAUCGCUGCGUUGCACUGGGUGCAAGAGAACAUCGGCUACUUUGGUGGUGAUCCUAGGAACGUGACGUUGGUCGGCCACGGUACCGGGGCUGCUUGCGUCAAUUUCCUAAUGACCAGUCACGCGGUGCCAGACGGCUUGCUGUUUCAUCGCAGCGUUCUAAUGUCUGGUAGCGCGCUUUCACCAUGGGCGCUGGUGAGAGGAGCUGCAAAUUACGCUCUGCAAGUUGCCAAACAUCUAAAUUGCUCGUGGGCCGCAGGUGAUCCCCAGGCAUUGCUCAAAUGCCUGAGAGAGGUGCCGCUGAACGCGCUGGUUUCGGUCCCCGUAAAAGGGUUGGAAUUCGCGCCUGCUUUCGGACCCAGCAUAGACGGCGUGGUGAUCGAUCCAGGCGAUCCUGACGAUCAGGAUUUCACUCUGCAAGUGGACACGAUCAAUACGUUGAACAACAUCUUGAUGCGGAAGGACGUCGUAUCGAAACUCUCGAGAUACGAUCUGAUGAUCGGUGUUGUCCGAUCGGAGGCGUAUUUCGCUUUAACGGCGGAUGACGCGCAGUACGGAAUCGAGGCUGACAGAAGAACAAAAAUUCUACGCGAGUUUGUACGUAACACGUACACGUAUCAUCAAGCAGAGAUCUUGGCGACGAUAAUCAACGAGUAUACCGACUGGGAACGACCUGUUCAACAUCCAGUGAACAUAAAAGACGAAACCUUGGAAGCUUUAGGAGAUGCCAACACCGUGGCACCGGCUACGAGAACAGCAGACCUUCACAGUCAAUCCCAUCGAAACUCUUACCUGUACGUGUUCGAUUAUCAGACAAAGUUCGGCGAUUAUCCUCAGAGACCAGGCUGCAUCCACGGCGAGGACCUACCAUAUUUUUUCGGAGCACCCUUGGUAGGUGGUUUAUCCCAUUGGCCCAAGAACUACACAAGGCCGGAGAUCACUCUGUCCGAGAGCGUGAUACUCUAUCUGACGAACUUCGCACGCACCGGAAAUCCGAACGAGGGAACACCGGACGUUGGACCGUUGAGACCCGAGAGAACAAAGUUGAAGAACAUCGAUUGGAUUGCUUACGAAACGGUGCACAAGAAGUACCUGAGCAUAGAGAUCAAGUCGAAGCUGAAGAACCACUACAGGGCGCACAGACUGUCGUUUUGGCUGAACCUUGUGCCUGACCUCCAUAAGCCUGGCUCCGACGAUGUUCCUAGAUCGCAUCAUCUGCUUGACACUGAACAGGUGCCACCCAGGUUCAUCCAGAGGAUACCAACGACAACGCGGAUGACUACGGUGGAGGUGACACUCGCGGAGAGGACGCAAAACGUCUCGACAGCGAUACCAAGCGAGCUAGCCUUCGAAGAUUCAACCAUCCAACCGGAAGAUGGGUUCGCAGCUUACUCCACAGCCCUCAGCGUAACCAUAGCGAUUGGCUGUAGCCUAUUGGUCCUUAAUGUUCUAAUUUUCGCGGGUGUAUACUAUCAGCGCGAUAAGAGCAACCAACAUAAUUGCUCAAAAAAACGUCAGGAGAAUGGACAAAUGCCUAACAACAUUUGCGGAGAUCUGGACACAAAGAGUGUCGAAAGACACCAUAUUCAACAUAUUCCGCCACCAGAGUUUGCAGAUUUGCAGAACAAUAGCUGUCACGUACCGAUGCCACCUCCACCGCCGAAGAACACAAAACCAGGAAAGCCAGGACAGAAUCUUAUCAUCAGUCCUAAUCAACUUCAACAGGAAAGUAUGGCGAUGACUGGCACCGGGACGCUGAAGAAGGGUCACAAUCAUCAGCAACAGGUAAUGGACGAGCUGAGAGUUUGACUCCACGAGCACCUUGUGAAUGUAGCCGAACAGCUACGAACGACUGAUAGUCACGUAAAAUUUAAUUUGCACCGUACGCUCGUGCAUUUGAAGGCACAGAAUGGAAAAGGACUGUUAGCGUUUUAAGGAAAUGUUCUGAAACCUUGUCGCGAAUCUGUUGACAGUUCUGGUGAAACUGAAGAAGAUAGGUGCAUCGAAUUUAUUGCAAGACUGGGUUUCUUCAUGUACGAGAUCUGUCAAAUGACGUCAAAACGUCGAUCAUUUCUUUAUAAUUGACAGAAGUAAUGUUAAUUCGCGACAAUGCAAAGAACGAACGUUCGACGGUGCUUGUUGCUGACAAAAUUAUCCAAAUCCCUUCGAUGAAAUCGCUCACGAACGUAAAAUCUCGUGAGUCUGACUCCUUGUCCUUUUCUACUUACUCCGGUAAAACAAAGAGAAAGAAGAAAACCUUGCGACCAACUGCCGAAAAAUCGUAUAGUCUUCGAUAUAUAAUUAACGAUGUCUAAGUAGAAUCUUUGAUCCUCGAGGAAACAUUGGAACCGUUUCUCGACGAUGGCUCAAUCGUUCUCCCAGAAAGAUUAUUUCUCGAACGAACAUCUUUUGUAACUUUUCACGGUCCAAAGAAUUUUUUCUUCUUUCUGAUCGAGGAAUUGAACUUUAUCGAAGAAUUCUGUUGAACAAAAACUAAAAGUAUCUAAUGAAAACCGCGAGGAGGUAAGCAUUCUGUUUCUAAACAACGUUCACUUCGAUAUCAGGCAGAAAGAAUGCACGUACGAGUCAAACUGGCUUAUUUAUACAUCUAUUCUUUCGACAAAUGAUAGAUUCUCGGCCAGAUUUGCGAUUCAGUGACUCGUGCGUUCGAUUCCUUCUUCGUAGAAUUAGAAUUUCGAAUAAGAUCCAUUUGCAUCAUCGACGAAAUUUCCAGCAGACUAUAAAACUUCCAUUCUUUUCUUAAAUUAAAUUAGUUGAAGUACUUUCCACUGUCCCACAAGAGAAAGAAACAGAGCCUCGGAAUCGAUCGUUCGAUUAUCCGCGCUCUGUCACUGCCACGGUGAACGAGCUCAUCUGGUGAAAUUCAAAAAGCUGGAAGUAGUGUCGAUCGGCCUAGAUGCUCAAUAAAAAGUUACAAAACAAAAGGAACAAACAAAGAUAAAAAGAAAUGGCCACCGAUGACACGAUGCAAUUGAGAUCUCGAAUAGAACGGCGUCAUAAGAGGGUUCUUUUUUUACAAACGUAAAAAACAGAAAGAAACGAGAUCGUCUUAUGAUAGAUGAUUUAUCGUUAAAACUAUACAACAGCAUACUGCCAAACAGUUGAAAGCGAUACUUUUAACUUGGGAUGCGAGUCAAUACAAAGUGUCGAUAAUGCUACAAUAGCGAUCGCCUCAAAACGAAAAAUCGUCGAUCGUAUGUACAGUCGCGAUUCGAAAAAGAAAAAUCGGGAAACGAGUGGUUUUUGGUCCAAUUUUUUUUUUUAGAUCGUGGCUACGUCAAACAUUCUAACGAAGCGUGGACGUACUGUACGAAAACAGAAUGGGUUUAGACUGUAAAUAAUAAUUAAUUUAACUUAGUGGUUUGUCAAGUCGUUUGUGGCAAGAAUUUUGUGGUGUAUGAAACGACGAAGAAACGAGGAAACCGAUUGUAAUUGCACUUGUGUCGAGUAACAAGAUGGUGUGUCAGCGUAGAAGCACUGGACGUAAUUUUAAAUUUGUAUAUAAUUGACAUUACAAUAAACUGUGUAAACAAUUACAAUUAGCUACGGUACAAUUCAUGUUUUCCUUUAACGAAAUUAUUUGCCUGCUAUUAAUUGCUACGGUAAAUACGAGAAACCUUUUACUACGAACCCCAAAAAAUCAUUUAUCUUCGCAAAAAUGCAUAUCUGAAGAUUGAUUAAAAACAGACACACAGAGAAUAACAAAUCGGAGCAAUAUUUAUUGGAAAGCUAUCCAUAAAAGUGAUCGGGAAAAAAAAUAAAUAUUUAAAAAAAAAAUAUUUCGAUAGGAACGCACAGUCCAUCAGUACUUCUAUUUAUGAAACGAAAAUUCGAAUAAUGAAAGCGUGCAUCGAAGGGACGAUGAGGAAUAUUUGGACGAAUAGCUCUUUAAAAAAUCCCUGUCGCGUAAACGAAUAAAUAAAUGAAAAAGCAUUUGCGCUGCACGCUAAUGAUCAAUCUCGAAUAUCCAUACAAAAUUCUCAAUCAAUUAAACAAACACGAAUCGACGAAUUUUUCCCCCAAUGAAAAAUCACAGAUACGCGAGAGUGGGGCUAUUAUCGAGUAACCUCAAAAACAUUUUAAUCUCGAACAUUUUCAUGAAAUGAAUCGGGCAUGAACGACUCAUAAAUACAAAUUUUUAUUCGUUUGUUCGUUUGAAGCUCCACUAAUUGAAUUGUAUAGAUUGGGAUACAAUUAUAACAAGUUUGCAAAAAUCUCGUAAGUUCGUUUCGAACCGUGACAAGGGCGUGCCUUUCGAUGAGACACGGUACAAAAAAGAUUGCUUUCGGUUUUCAUUAUCGCAACAGCAAACGAACGCUACACUGAUCUCAGAUAUGCGAUCUUGAUCGUUCGUGCUUCAUUAAAUAUAAAUUGCAUAAACUGAAUGUACUAAUUAAGCGCAAACAAAUUGAUAAGUCUGCAAAGAGGAUUAGUGUGAAUUUUUCUCUUGUAAAUAAUCUUCCUAUGCUUCGAUGAAACACAUUCAUUUGGAUUUCCAUAGAAUUUAAGUGCCUUUUUGCCAAGAUUAUUUUGGUAUGAAUUCAUACUUUCAACUAAAUUUAUUAAACCGCAUAAUACAAUAAAUCUUCAUUCAUUUCAAUAUUCCCAUUAAUUUAAAUUAAUAUUUUUUUAUCUCUUUAUCCUCAUGAACUGUUCUCGAAAUGAUAAAGCUUUAUCAACAUAGAUCCUACAAAUUCGGGCAGCCGUUUCUAUCGAAAACCAGCUUUUUAUCCCAAUCAACGUGGAUUACGUAAAUUUUAUUAUACUCUUUAUUUCCGACAAAUGAUUUUUAUACACUGAUUCACCGUUAAACUCGAAGCUCUCGCAAUCCGAAUUUUCAUUCGGUUUGUACAAUUCAAUCUCUAACCGACUCUUGCCAACUUCCCAUUUGAAAUGCUCAAAUUAAUCAAGUUGCACUCCACCAAAUUAAAACGCAUUUUUUUUCUCGACGUUUCUUAUAACUUCGUUUUUAAUUAGCGGCAAUAUUUGCCAGACUUACCCAAUUAUUCGCUCUUCACUCAACUCACCAACGCGUUCACGUUGGCGGAAAAAGUUCCUCGGCGAAACGAAAGGUUGUUCGCAGGCUUUGGCUAAUUAUACUCUUAUUCUGAUUGAAAUUAAAUUUGAUGGGGAAAAAACGAGAAACAAGUGUAUAAAAAAACGAGAGAGAGAGAGAGAGAGAGAGAGAGAGGAAUUAAACAAUAGGCGUUCGCUCCUCACAUUUUUACAAAACUUUCCGGUUAGUUGCCCCUAUUGAGUCGAAACCUCAUCAACUGGCUUCACUUUUAUUCUCAAAGUUCCGAUUACUGGAGAACCUCAUUCACAAACCGAACCUCGAAACUUCGAAGGAACUCAAAUUCAUCUUCGAUAACGCCAUACCAAUCCCUUCGACCGGAUAUACAUCGUCACCGUAUCCAUGUUUAUACCCUGCGAACAACCGAAUGCGGGCUAACAAACAUUCUCUUCGAAGUAUACCGUGGCCUAACUACAAGUAUCGCUGUAGUAUUCGUUUACACUAGCGGUUCAAUCAACCUAUGGUACCAUCGUAAUUGCAUUAAACAGGCUACCCAGUCUCCGGAAAGGUCUAUCGUGAUCCAGUGUGACGGAUUACAGUCGAUUGCGUUAUGGAUACGAAACGUCUGUUUUCGAGGAACUCCUAAUCGGGCUGAGAAGAUAACGCGAAUAUACUCUGAUAGGAUUGCUUGAUUGCAGUGCUGUUACCUGUGAUUAAAUCACCAUGCUAGGCUAAUCGAAUUAUAGUGUCUCAGUCAGCGUGAGUAUGUCAUUGAUUUAUUGCGUUGAAUCCCGGAAACCGGACCGCUAGUGUGAACUUGGAAAUCUUUGCACCUAAUACGAUAAAAUGGAAAAUAAUCGGAGGAAUCAUCUCCUUAAUUUGGAUCGUUGCUUUCUAACCAGCGUUACACAUUCGUUGCUUAAAGUCACAUUCGGUCUUCGAUUGUUGGGAUAAAAUGAUUGCGGCUUCGAAGGAACUAUGAGUCGAGGAGGUUGAAAUUAAUCAAUAGAGAGUAGAACACAUAUUUUACUCAUAUCCAAUCGAACACAAACGGGUGUAUCGAAUUCUUAAGCGAAGCGUGCUACAGUGUUUUAUUCACAGAAGAAACAUAAUGUUCGGUACGACCGAUUAAACUGUAUAAAACAAACGCAUCCUUCUUUAUCGCAGUCCUCCUCUGAUCUCGGUUCGUUGUAGCACGGAGAAACGACGACACGUGUCCCCUAAUAUUAAAUACGAUACAAUCGGUGUGUUUGUACGUGUGUGUGUGUAUGUAAUUGCUACAGCUACACGUAGCUUCGAAGCUAAAUGAGAAAUAUCACGAUUUACUACUCGUUAUUUACGUACUUCGAUAUUGCGCUAUAGCAAAUGA